CAGCUCUGUCCCUGAGAAUGGGAACAAAUGUUGGUGAAAUCUUUUUCAAGUGAUGACUAGCCUGGGAGUCAGAUUUCUUAUGGGCAUGAAAACCUCCUCCUGAGGGAUUUUUUUUGGGAUUUUUUCCCCCAAUGGGAGUGAUGUAUAUCUGAGAAAGCAAAAAUAGCUUUUAGAAAGGCCUGUUCUAAUGCGAAAUGGAAAUAAAACGCAGAAUGGAAGAAUCUCUUCGACUGUACAAGCCAAGAACUCAGUGACGCUAAGUCACUUGCCCAAGGUUGCAUAGGGACGUCCAGAUGCUGUUCCAGGAGCUCCAGGUUCUGUGCCCCACCGCAGCAGGUAGGCGGUCGUGGCGGGAGCUCACUAAUAGUGACGGCGGUAAUGACGGAGCCUCUGACCAGCGAGUGGCCAGUGAAAGGUGGCAGAUUCCCGCGUCGGCCCUCACAGAUUGGCUGCAGCUCUCGGCUUUGAGGAACAGUCUACCGGAUCGGCGCCCUGGGGCUCAGGCUCUGUAGUUCUAGGUCCUCGGCCUCCCACAGGUGUGGGCGAAAGCCUGUCAUCUCGGCCGGGGACCAGCAGGCGGCGGUCUGCUGUAAGGGGGUCUCGGGCGACCAGUCCCAGCUGCCCAACCCGCCCGAGCCCGGGAGGCGACGCUGGGAGGACAGCGGAGAAGGCCGGGGACAGCCACUUUUGAAAGAUUGCUUGAGCUUCAUCCGCCCUAAAUCGGAACACCUGCACCAUGGGCGUCUGCAUGACGCAGGUGCAAUCGAGACACGCUGUGUCACCGCACCCUGCGUCCUUGCUUCGGACCUUCGGAAUCCGGGGUGUCGGCUCAAAACUAGGAACGAAUAUGGGCCGCAGCUUCUAAGCCAAACCCGACAGCGUGAGUGCAUUUCAGUCCAUGUGGGGCAGGCAGGUGUCCAGAUGGGCAAUGCCUGCUGGGAGCUCUACUGUCUGGAACAUGGGAUUCAGCCUGAUGGGCAAAUGCCCAGCGAUAAGACCAUUGGUGGAGGGGAUGACUCCUUCACCACCUUCUUCUGUGAAACUGGAGCUGGAAAACAUGUGCCUCGGGCAGUCUUUGUGGAUCUGGAGCCUACUGUAAUUGAUGAGAUCCGAAAUGGCCCAUACCGCCAGCUCUUCCACCCAGAGCAGCUUAUCACUGGGAAAGAAGAUGCAGCCAACAACUAUGCCCGUGGUCACUACACCAUUGGCAAGGAGAUUAUUGACCCAGUACUGGACCGGAUCCGCAAGCUGUCUGAUCAGUGCACAGGACUUCAGGGCUUCCUAGUAUUCCACAGCUUUGGAGGGGGCACUGGCUCUGGCUUCACCUCUCUGCUGAUGGAGCGGCUUUCUGUUGACUAUGGCAAGAAGUCUAAGCUGGAGUUCUCCAUCUACCCAGCCCCACAAGUGUCCACGGCUGUAGUGGAGCCCUACAACUCCAUCCUGACCACCCAUACCACCCUGGAACACUCAGACUGUGCCUUCAUGGUGGACAACGAGGCCAUUUAUGACAUCUGCCGCCGUAACCUGGAUAUUGAGCGCCCCACCUAUACCAACCUCAACCGCCUCAUCAGCCAAAUUGUCUCCUCCAUCACAGCUUCCUUGCGCUUUGAUGGGGCCCUCAAUGUGGACCUGACAGAGUUCCAGACCAACCUGGUGCCCUACCCUCGCAUCCACUUCCCCUUGGCUACCUACGCACCAGUCAUUUCUGCAGAGAAAGCCUACCAUGAACAGCUGUCAGUGGCAGAGAUCACCAAUGCCUGUUUUGAGCCUGCCAACCAGAUGGUAAAAUGUGACCCUCGCCAUGGCAAGUACAUGGCCUGCUGCCUGCUGUACCGUGGAGAUGUGGUGCCCAAGGAUGUGAAUGCUGCCAUCGCUGCCAUCAAGACGAAGCGCAGCAUCCAGUUUGUGGACUGGUGCCCCACAGGCUUCAAGGUUGGUAUCAACUACCAGCCACCCACUGUGGUGCCUGGGGGUGACCUGGCCAAGGUGCAGCGUGCAGUGUGCAUGCUGAGCAACACCACCGCCAUUGCUGAAGCCUGGGCCCGCCUGGACCACAAGUUUGACUUGAUGUAUGCCAAGAGGGCUUUUGUACACUGGUAUGUGGGUGAGGGCAUGGAAGAGGGUGAGUUCUCUGAGGCUCGAGAGGAUAUGGCUGCCCUGGAAAAAGAUUAUGAGGAAGUAGGCAUCGACUCCUAUGAGGACGAGGAUGAGGGAGAAGAAUAGACAGCUACUUGGAACCUGUUCACUGUUUAUUGCAAAAUCGUUUCGAAAUAAAAGUUUCCUUGCAUGGUUUCUUGUCCCCUUUGUCCCUUUGCAACUGCUUGAGCUUCUGCUUGUCCCCCCCACCCCCCAUUCUGCUUUGGCUGCGACCUCCCGAUAUUUGCUGCUCAUGACCUUUUACCUUUACAUGGCUGACAGUGAGACUUGCCAAGAGGCCCCACAAUGAGCCCAGAAAGUAUGAACCUAAGGACUUUGAUGUAAGGUCCUAUGGACACCCAGGAUAGGAAAGAAACAAGGACCGAAUCCUGGACCUGUCUGUCUAGCUACAAGCUAUUGCAAGAUAUGUCUUCACUUGUUGAAAUGUCUGAUAGCUUAUGUUGGAUGGUUGGAGUACUUUAUUCUUCUUGCUGCUGCUUCACUCAACAGCUCUAAAAGCAAGGCUUGGCCCAGGCUAAGUUGAACACUGAGGAUUUGGGAAUGGUGGCUGGGCGGGCCCAAAGUUCUGGGCAUACAGCCACUUCACAAACUUGGGGGCUGGGCAGGGACAAGGGCAAUCUCCUAGUUGUUUGUGCUAUUGCACCUCUGGCAGCUUUGCGUAGCUUGCUGUCUAUCUUGCUGUCUGGAGCUGGAGCUAUGCUAUUAAAAGUCCGGUCGUCUCC